GUCACAGCACGCAGUGAAACUGUGGAUGAGCCUUGCACUAAGCAGCGAAAGCAGAAUCAACUAGCUGUGACAUCUGACAAAAUGUCCAAGGCUGCCCGUGCCAUCAAAUCAGCUAAAGAUGCAGCCAAGAAGGUUGAACAUGGCAACAAGAUCCGGAGCUACAUCAAGGCUGGGAGGGCCGCACCAGGACCGCCUCUUGGACCGGUGCUUGGCCAGAGAGGAAUUGCAAUCGGCCAGUUUUGCAAAGACUUCAAUGAAAAGACCAAACACAUUAAGGAUGGUGUACCACUCCCGUGCUACAUUCAUAUCAAUCCUGACAGAUCGUAUGACAUUGAGAUUCGAACUCCACCAGUUUCAUACCUAGUCAAGCAGGCUGCUGGAAUGAACAGAGGUGUACAUGAAGCAGGGAAACAAAUAUUUGGGAAAAUAUCUCUGAAACACGUCUACGAGAUUGCCAAAAUCAAGCACGAAGAUGCUCCACUGCGGGACCUGAGUCUGCAGGACGUUUGCAAGCAGAUCAUUGGAUCCUGCCGCUCAAUGGGUGUCCAGGUCGUCAGGACGCUUGACUCAGAGGAUUAUGGGGAAUUUCUGGAAGAGGUCGCGGAGACUCGGAAGGCGCUGGAUGCACAGAGGGCUUUGGAUAGAGUGUCCUGAUGACACACUGACUCUUGUUCAAACUGUGUGCUUGGGAUUCGGCCUCAUCUCUGGCUCCUACUUCAAGUCUGGCUCUGAAAUCAUUUUAAGGCAGAAGUAUAACUAAGAGAUGCUGCUAUGAGGCAAAGGGCCCCUGUUCAUGGCUUCUGCCCCUCCCCCCAGAU